AUGGCCUCACUCCCCGUUCCUCACACGCUCCCGCGGGCCUCGCCAGCGGUGGUGGGCGCCGCGAGGGGGAGGAGAGGGAGGGCCGCGGUGCGCGUGCGCACUGCCACCGCGGCAUUGGGCGGUGGGUGCGGCGGCGGCGGAAUGGAGCAGCGCCACGGGGAGGCACCACACGGCCCAGUGAAGGAGAAGCCUGUAAUGUCAAACAUUGGGAAAUCAACUAAUAUUUUAUGGCAUAAUUGCCCGAUUGGACAAUCUGAUAGACAGAAGUUGCUGGGACAAACAGGCUGUGUCGUGUGGAUAACAGGACUCAGUGGUUCAGGGAAAAGUACUCUUGCAUGUGCACUGAGUCGUGAGUUGCAUUAUAGAGGCCACCUCACAUAUGUACUUGAUGGUGACAACCUUAGACAUGGCCUAAAUCGAGAUUUAAGCUUUAAGGCAGAAGACCGUGCAGAAAAUAUACGAAGAGUUGGUGAAGUGGCAAAGCUUUUUGCCGAUGCUGGUAUCAUAUGCAUUGCUAGCUUGAUAUCUCCAUACAGGAGAGAUCGUGAUGCAUGCCGUGCUCUACUUCCAGAUUCUAACUUUAUUGAAGUAUUUUUGGAUUUGCCCCUAAAAAUUUGUGAAGCUCGUGAUCCUAAAGGUCUGUACAAGCUUGCACGCACAGGAAAGAUUAAAGGUUUCACUGGAAUUGAUGAUCCAUACGAACCGCCAGUUAAUGGUGAGGUUCAGAAGCAUAAAGCAAAUUGGUUACCAGACAACAUAGAGAAGUUCUGUGACUCCUACCUUGCCGAGAUACAUGCUGGGAACUGUCUAGGAGGACAGAUAAACAAAUUUGGGUGGAAGAACAUCGCUCGGAGGUACUAUUUAGCAUCAGGCUUGAUGCAUGACAGAGAACAGCUUCAAGGCAAGCUGAGGACACUCAGGAAAAUAUGGACAUUGUGUGACAAAGCACAAAACCACACUGGCUUAGAUAUAGAUGCAGAUGAAAAGAUUCAUGCUUCUGACCAAUGGUGGAAUGACAAUGCUCAGGGUGACAGUGAUUUGCUGAAGAUUAGAAGGGAAGGUGUGCCUGCAUACUUGGACCAUCUGCAUGGCAUGUUCAAAGGAAACACAGUUGAUGGGACAACCUCCUUUGUUCCUGCUGCAAAAGAGACCAUUGACUUGAAUGAUGAUGAUUCUAAUGAAGAAGCAGGACAAGAGCAGGAGGAUGAACUGACCCCUAUGAGUGUUGGAAACAAGAGGACCAGCAGUACAAGCACAACUGCAUCCAGCCCCAGCAAGAGGUCAAAGAGCCCAGCAGUGAGGGCAAUGACCAUCCAAAUGACCACACACAAUGACUUAAGCAGAGAGAGGCUACAGUUCUUCAAGGAUAGAGAGAGCAGAAGGGAGGAAGUGCUGCAGAGAUUAGUUAAGGACAAGUCCUGGAAGAUAACAGAGUGCACCAGGAUAGCUCUACAAGAGCUGGGCAUUAGUAGUACAACGAAGACUUUGUUUUCUGGGUUGCACAAGCUAGUGCAAUCAGAAACUGAAAUGGACUUCUUCCUUGCCCAAGACACUAAGGAAGGGAAGAUGCACGUCAUCGAGCUGAAUAUCCCGCAGCCUGUUCCGGUUGGUGAUGAUGAUCAAGAUACAAGAAGACAACAGUUGCUGCAGAUGAUAUUGGAUGAUGAUGAUGAUGAUGAUUUGAUCGAAGAGCUAAUGACUGAUGACGAGGAUGAUGAGUUUCUCCAUGGUAUGUACCAGUUUGCUGUGCACAUUGGCAAGUAUAUGAAUAGGGCUCAGUAUAGGACUCCAAGAGUGAGUGGUUUCCAGUGGGUGCAUGAUAAGCUUGCCAACAUUAAUUCUUGUCACAACAUAUUUAGAAUGACCCCAACAAUGUUCUAUAGCCUUCAUAACGUUAGUGGACAAAUAUGGGCUCAAGUCUACCACUAA